UUUUAGGUACCACACCGAGUAGCCCACCUUUAAUUCCAAACUAUACACCAAUUCAUAUCAUAUCAUAUAAAACAGAAAUAAAACUUAAACUCACUUGGAUCACAUAACUUUAUUGGGCUUUACUGGUUUUUCAUUUGACCUAGUUUUAAAAACCAAAUAUAAUUACCAGAAACCCACAUAAAAAUUUUCCAACAAAAUUGCCCCUUCAAAUUGUCGAUAUUUUCUAACAAAAUUGCCCCUUCAAAUUGUUGAUCAAAACAAAUUACCUGCGUGACGUCAUCACAUGUCAAGAAUCUGUUUGCCACCUAAACUUGUUUUUAACAAAAAGCUAAUUUGAGAUAACAUCACACAUUAAAUAUUAGAUGAUUUGUCUUGAUCAACAAUUUGAAAUGGCAAUUUGUCCUUACUUUUUUUUCUAAGGUUAAAUCUCUCCCUAUCCUCUAUUUGAGAGUGGAUUUGGGAAUUUAGCCUUCUUGAAUAGCGCCCUUCAUGGUAUUAGUAAUAAUAAAUUUUAUUAUCACAUUCUCAGGUCAAAAGGAACUUUUGAGCAAGAAAAUGGAAAACAGACUUCACAUUGCACCACGUCAUGCCGCUAAGUUCAAAAGAGGAUUAGAAUUUCUCGACUUAUCAUCAAGGCCACUCACACACAACAACAGGUUUCAAAUCUUUGCCAACAAUGGAAACCUUUGCAUGGCAAUGAUAGGGCCAGAUAACUUGGUUCUAUCUUGGGUGGUCCAUCGCACCUUUCAAAAUGCUCCUUUAUCUGUACAUGCUGCCCAAAUGGAUGUGGCUGGGCUGCGCAACAGAGUAGAGAAUAUCAGAAGAGAUAAUCGACUUUGCAUUAGGUUUCGUUGGAACCAGAACCACCCAAACAUGCAGGAGCAUGUUGCUAUGGACUGGCAAAAUAACACACUCACAAUUUAUAAACAUGGACAUUUGGUACAGCCGAUGAACCUAAAUUUCAACUUCCCUCACAGGCAAAGGAUCAGGAUCAAUACUGUUGUUCUGAGGAGUCAACUUCAACAAAUUUUUGGACCCUUCCACAACCACCCACAGCGUAUUCCCUUUACUCUUUAACCCCCUGCCCCCUCAUUUUUUUUUCUUUUGAUGAAUUUACUAUGUGCACACUAAUAAGCUGAUUUCAUUUUAUGCAGACUUCCAGCAGAAUGCAGACCACCCAGUGGAACUCACAGCAAGACAAAAUGGUGCACUUGAGAUCACCUCCCAUAAUACAAAUGAAGCACAUACCUUUGAUCCGGUAAACUAUAAACUCCCUCUUCUAAAAGCUCUAUUUAUAACUUGUAUUCAUUUAAUCUUAUUAACUUGUAUAAAUUUUUUUGACCAACAGAACUUCUAUGAACACCUUGGAAAUACAUUGGAGCAAGAUGUAAGCAUCAUAUUCAGGCUACAAAGCCUCAGGUGCCUAGCUGAAUAUGGCGCUCAAAUACAGCACCCAUAUACCAUCCUGAUGCUGACCCCACCAUUUGAAUUAAUCAUGGAUAAUGCUUUUGUAUUCCCAAAUGUACCAGCAUUCACCACCAACCAAAUCUAGGUCCCAAUUCCACCCCCACAGUAAAGAUCAGAGGCUAUUGGAGACAUCAUUAGUGAAUGAUGUCACCAGUGCAGUGUACAAAAUGCAAUGCAAAUGGUUUUGGUUUGUGAACUACAUUAUCUACCAUUGCUGAUUUCAGCAUAUUUCAAAACAUUAUUUUUGGCAUGUAUUGUCUUGCACAUAUACACCUCAUGGUUCAUAUGCCCCACUACGUGGAAUUAGAAAUAGAAUUGCAGAACGAAUUGUAUUGGAGGAAAUAUAAACUUUGUUCACUU